GUAGGCGAGUGCGCGAGUGCGAUUCCUUAAUCUAAGUCAUCCAAAUGUUUUAAUCCAGCUGGAAACCUUCAAAGUCUUUCUCGUACAUGGAUUUGCAUACUACUUACUACUUCCGGUGUAAAAAGUUGUCUGCUAAGAAGUGGAAGCGUCUGCACGCAAAAUGAACAGACGUCUCCUAUCGAAGUUAUUUCAUUUUAGAUGUAUUCACAAUGUAUCAAGAAAGAAAAGUACAAAUAUAUCUAGUCAAGGCACUGUGAAGUUGGCUCAUAGUAUCUACCAAAAUGAAGAAAAGGGAACUGAUAAAACUGGUGUGAUAGUGAUGCAUGGUCUCAUGGGAUCCAGUAACAACUGGAGGAGCUUGUCCAAGGUGUUGUGUGAAACAGGACGGAAGGUGAUAGCAGUUGAUGCCAGAAAUCACGGAGAAAGCCCUCAUAGUGAGCACAUGAACUAUUUCCUCAUGUCAAACGAUGUCCUGAGAUUGAUGGAUGAACUUGGAGAAGAGCGAGUGAAUUUGAUAGGACACAGUAUGGGAGGCAAAGUCUUCAUGACCUUGGCGCUUACACAUCCAGAACGAGUUGAGAGCUUGGUGGUGGUAGAUGUGGCACCUAAACCUCGACCUGCCUCAGUCACCCCAACCACUAGUUCCUACCUCCAGUCAAUGUUGAAGGUCAGCUCCUCUCUGUGUGAUAUGACACCCAACUCCUUAUCACAGGCCAGGAAACAUGCAGACAAUAUCCUACAGGAGACUGUACAGGAUGUGAGCAUUAGACAGUUUCUUAUUACAAAUCUGAUACAUAAAGAUGGCAGAUUUCGAUGGAGGGUAAACUUGGAUUCAGUUAUCAACAAUAUGUCCGAUCUAGGAGAUUUUCCCAUAUUCAAUCAACAAUUUACUCAACCUACACUUUUUGUUGGAGGACAGAGAUCGGAUUAUAUAUUGACAUCUGAUAUUCCAAGAAUACAGGAACUUUUUCCUAAAGCAGAAGUAAAACACAUAGAAAAUGCAGGACACUGGGUACAUGCAGAAAAUCCACAGGAGUUUUUAAAAGCGGUGAAAACUUUUUUACAGGAAAAUGAUAACAGAAGACACUGAAUGAUUGCAUAGCUUUUUGAAAUUGUUAGUGAAAAAAAUUGACACAGCAUUAUUACACAUGAACUUCACCGGUGUGAAAGAAUCAAAUAUCAAAAGGGAUUUAAUUUGUUUAUGCUUACAUAUAUAAGUACUCUUGAUAGUGAUGUAGGGGUCACAACCCGAGAUAAAUUUUUCAUUCUGGGUCAUUGGGAUUGUGUCAAACGACUGUGGUCAAUAAAUAUCAAAGACUCCGACCACCAAAUCACCUUUCCUUUAAAGAAAAGUUUUGUUUGUUUAGUUUAUCGUGCCGUGAACAGCCCGGUCAUUUUGAGGUGAGGUCUCCUAGUAGUUGGUGACUACCUCACUGAACAACAUACGCGAGGCCCACAACAUGCUUUCCAGAGCAAUUAGGGUAAUGUGUCUUGCCCCAAGGACACAACCACUUACAACACAGGUCUGCCUGUUCCUCCCAGCUUCCAGAGAAAAACAAACCAACAUGGCUAGGGAGCGUCGAACCACGCACCUCGGACCACAACCAGAGAUUACAUGGCCGACGCUCUAACGGACUUAACUAUCACUGCCCCAAGACCUAUCAGGAAGAAGAGGUUUAAAUGUUACAGUUGUCAUCAAACUAUUAUAGUUACCAUUAUCAUAGCCAGUUAUUGAUGAUACAAAACAUGUAACUUGAUGAAUAGGUAUUACACUUAUGAUGGGUAGUUCAGGGGGAUCAACACUGUAUUGACUAACUUGAUAAAUAAUAUGGAAACACUUAAGACGCUGUUAACACAUAUUUUUGUGCUUAUUUUAUUUACCUGCAUAGUAUUACUUUAAUGUACUUGAAAAAUGGGUAAGUUAUUGCUAAUUUAUUUCUAUAUACAUAUGUACAUAUUUUGUUUCCUAUAGAACCUAACAUUGAGUGUGCCUGUUACAAUUCUAUAUACAUGUUUUGUUUCCUAUAUAACCUAACAUUGAGUGUGCCUGUUACAAUUCUUUAUACACUUGUACAUGUUUUGUUUCCUAUAGAACCUAACAUUGAGUGUGCCUGUUACAAUUCUAUAUACAUGUUUUGUUUCCUAUAUAACCUAACAUUGAGUGUGCCUGUUACAAUUCUAUGACAUGCUAAAAAUGCAGAGUGCUCAGAUAAGUACAUAAAUUAUAGUUUUGUCUGAUGGGAUUUCAUAUCCUAAGAUUGUGUGAUAUAAUUUUAUCAGUGCAAUACAAUCAGAAUGUUCUCUUUAAACUUUUAGCGGGUAUAUUGCUGGUCAAUUUUUUAAACAAGAUAUGUUUUCAUAUGUUUUUCCUUGAUUGAUAUUUACAUGUUAUAACCAUGUAUUUGUGUUUAUUAUUUAUUAAAAAGGUCAAUAAUCAUGU